AUGCUGCGAUGGAACGUCAUUGAACAAUGCGAAAGUCCUUGGUUAUCUCCAGUUCUCAUCACUCCGAAGAAGAAUGGUGAAUGGCGUUUCUGCGUAGACAGCAGGAAGCUUAACUCAGUUACACGUCGUGAUGCUUAUAGUCUGCCACUAAUAAGCGAAAUUUUGGACAACUUGAGGAAUGCCAAAUACUUAUCAAGCAUCGACAUUGCGAAAGCAUUUUGGGAGAUUCCCUUGAAUCCUGCCGAUAAGGAUAAAACUGCAUUUUAUGUACCUGGAAGAGGUAUGUUUAGAUUUAAGGUAAUGCCUUUUGGUCUUUCUAACUCACCUGCAACUCUACAAAGAUUAAUGGAUAUGCUUUUUACCCCUGAAUUUGAGAACAAGGUAUUUUGCUAUCUGGACGACAUCGUUAUCAUUAGCGAGACUUUUGAUGAACACAUAUCACUCCUCAUGAAAGUUCAUGAAAAACUUUCAUAUGCUAAUCUGACUAUUAACUUUGAGAAGAGUCAAUUCUUCAGGAAAGAACUGAUAUACCUUGGUUUUCUAGUGGACGAGUACGGUCUACGUGCUGAUCCAGAUAAAAUAAAAGCUAUAUUAGAAUAUCCUGUACCUACUUGUAGAAAAGAAGUGCGAAGAUUCAUAGGCACCUGCAGCUGGUUCAGAAGAUUCAUUCCAAACUUUAGCACUAUUGCCUCUCCACUCAAUCAACUAACCUGUUCCGGAAAGAACGCUCCUAAAUUUUUUUGGAAUUCACAAGCUGCAGCUGCUUUCCAGAAACUUAAAGAAGCUUUGGUAACUGCUCCUGUCCUUGCUUGUCCUAACUUCGAACUACCCUUCUCUGUACAUUGUGAUGCAUCAAACUAUGGCAUAGGAGCAAUGCUUACUCAACAUCAAGAUGACAAAGAAGUCGUGAUUGCUUACAUGAGUAAAGCACUAAACAAAAAUCAACAGAACUACUCAACUACUGAAAGAGAAACAUUGGCUGUAAUAACUGCGUUAGAACAUUGGCGAUGUUACCUAGACAAUGGUAAAGAAUUUACAAUAUAUACUGACCAUGCUGCACUUAAAUGGUUUCAGAACUUAUCGAAUCCAUCAGGAAGACUUGCUCGCUGGACUUUACGCUUAUCUUGCUUUAACUUUGUCCUGAAACAUAAAAAAGGAAAGGAUAACGUUGUUCCAGAUUAUCCAGUCCUGAUACACGAGAAAUUUCACCUCAAGGCGUACAUCCUAUUACGAUUGAAGAACCACCUGAUCGUAAACUUGAGCACUACAACAAGAUUUUUCUCGGAUGCUCCUACAACCCAGACUCAUAUCCCAACUAUACUAUCAGGGAUAACAAACUUUACCGCUGCAUCCAUUCUCCCGAUCGUCUAA